AUGGAAGAUCAUCCUUCUCAGUACGGUAUACCGGAGCUCCGGCAGCUCAUGAAAGGUGGAGGGAGGACAACAUCACCGUCGACUUCUUCUCAUUUCCCCUCUGAUUUCUUUGGCUUCAACCUCACUGCGCCGCCGCAGCAACACCGUGUACAGCAGUUCACUACUGAUCAUCAGGAGAUGGGUUUCUUGCCACAUGGCAUACAUGGAUUGGGUGGGAGUUCUUCGACGACCGCUGGAAACAACAGUAACUUAAACGCGAGUACUUGUGGGGGAGGAGUUGGGUUUGGUGGGUUUCUCGACGGAGGAGGCUUCAGCGGCGGAGAUGGCGGAGCAACGGGGAGAUGGCCGAGACAAGAAACCCUAACUCUGCUGGAGAUUAGAUCUCGUCUUGAUCAUAAGUUCAAAGAAGCUAAUCAAAAGGGACCUCUCUGGGAUGAAGUUUCUAGGAUUAUGUCUGAGGAACAUGGAUACCAAAGGAGUGGGAAGAAAUGCAGAGAGAAGUUUGAGAAUCUUUACAAAUACUAUAAAAAGACUAAAGAAGGCAAAGCCGGAAGACAAGACGGUAAACACUACAGAUUUUUCCGGCAGCUAGAGGCGCUCUACGGAGAUUCCAACAACUUGGUUUCUAUUCCCAACCAUAAUACACAGUUCGUGAGCAAUGCUCUUCAUGGUUUCCACGCUCAAAACGUUACUACAACAACGUCUAACAUUCAUAGCGUUGAUGGUCUUCAUGGUUUUCAUCAUCAGCAAAGCCUAAGUCUCUCUAACAACUACAACUCCUCAGAGAUGGAGCUGAUGACUUCGUCUUCUGAAGGGAAUGAUUCUAGUAGUAGAAGGAAGAAGAGGAGUAGUUGGAAAGCUAAGAUCAAGGAGUUCAUUGAUGUGAGCAUGAAAAGGUUGAUAGAGAGGCAAGAUGCUUGGCUUGAGAAGUUGACAAAGGUUAUCGAAGACAAAGAGGAACAAAGGAUGAUGAAAGAAGAGGAAUGGAGAAAGAGGGAAGCUGCAAGGGUUGAUAAAGAGCAUUUGUUUUGGGCAAAGGAGAGGGAACGAAUGGAAGGUAGGGAUGUAGCUGUGAUUGAGGCAUUGCAGUAUUUGACCGGAAAGCAGUUGAUAAAGCCAUUAUGCUCGUCCCCAGAAGAAAGAAAUAAUGAGAAUGGAAGCGAUCAAACAAUGACUACUAAUAAUGUUUCUGUUAAAGGAAGUGGUAGAUGCUGGGAUGAGCAAGAGAUCAUAAAGCUUAGGGAGAUAAGAAGUAGCAUGGACUCAGCGUUUCAAGAGGUAUUGGAGGGAUCCUCGGAUGAGUUUCUAUGGGAGGAAGUCGCUGCGAAGUUGACUCAAUUAGGGUUUGAUCAGAGGAGUGCCUUGAUAUGCAAGGAAAAGUGGGAACGGAUAAGCAAUGGAAAGAUGAAAGAAAAGAAGCAAAUCAACAAGAAAAGGAAGGAGAAUUCGUCAAGCUGCGGCGUGUACUAUCCAAGAACCGAAGAAAAUCAGAUCUAUAACAAUCAAGAAAGUGGAUACAAUGAUAAUGAUCAGCAUCAUCAGAAGAUGAAUGAACACGGCAAUAAUGUUGGUUCUUCAACUUCAAACGCAAACGCUGGAAAUCCAAGCGGCGCAAUGGCGGCUAGUACAAACUGCUUCCCGUUCUUCAUGGGAGAUGGAGAUCAGAAUUUGUGGGAGAGUUAUGGUUUGAGGCUAAGUAAAGAAGAGAAUCAGUGA